AUGGAACGUGAACAAGAGAUGGUGCUGGAGAAGACAGCUGAAGAACAUGCCACAUUACAUUUAAGGACUCAACAAGUAGAAAUCGAGCCAAUACCACAAGUUAAAGAGGAAAGACACAUGAACUCAAAGCUUGAAAGCAAUGUGACAACUCAAGAUGUUAAAACUCAUUUAGACAAACUAAGACAUUUGAAGAAAGUAAGGACGUCUAAAUCCACAGGUAAGGCCAUUUCUUUUUUCAAUGAUGUAAAGUUCGCCAAUAGACCUACUAUUAUGGAUUCUUAUUUGAAGAGUCACCCAUUCACUGGACCUAUUCAAGAAAACCAAGUGAAAGUUAAUGAAAAAAUGUCUUCAGAUAAGAUCCUUACUGACACUACUCAUGACAAUGAUCAAUUAUUUAAUACAAGUUUCUAUGGGUUUUAUAUAUUGUUUUGGAUGGGGCUUGGCUUUUGCUCUUUAAAGAGAAUCAUCGACUUUUAUUUGGACGAAUCAAGUUAUAGAGAUUCGUUGUUCAAGACAGAUGUCUUUCUUACCAUGUCUACAAAUCUUUGGAACGUGUUCAUGUUAGAUUUAUUCUUAUUAGUACAAAUGUUUGUUCCUUUCGUCGUUCAUUACUACAUCAAAUCCAUCUAUUUAAAGACAAAUCGCAUCGUUUGGAAUAGCAAUUAUAGAAAUUUCUUUAUUUUUUUUGAAUUGUCUUUCUUCUUUGGUUCCUUACUCCUAAUAAUGAGACACUCUCCAGGUUGGUCAUUCAACUGGAUCUCUAGGAUCUUCCUAUUCUUACAUUCCAUGGUCAUUUUAAUGAAAAUGCAUUCAUACACCUUUUAUAACUCAUAUCUUUGGAAUAUGUUAAAAGAUAUAUCUUUAUCCAAACAAUAUUUAAGAGAUUCAAAGAUUGACUUAACAUUCCAAGAAACUCAAUUAUUAGAAAAAGAUAUUAUUUUCGCUAAUUCUGAAAUCAAUUCCCAAUCGUUUAAUAAUAACAAAGAUUUAUUUCCACAAAACAUUACUUUAAAGGAUUUCUUAAGAUUUUGUCUUUUCCCUGUUAUUAUCUAUCAAACAGAAUAUCCAAGAAAUGAAAAAAUCAGAUGGGGAUUUGUCUUUGAAAAAUUUUGUGCUACUAUUGGUACAAUAUUCUUAAUGAUGAUGGUGGGUGAAUUUUUAAUGUGGCCAGGUGUUAAAUAUGGGAUGAGUUUACGCGAUACAGAUUUACCUCUAUUAGAUCCAAUCCGUAUUUUAAAAUGGUUCAACGCUGCUGCUCAUAUCAUCCCAGGAUUUUCUAUUAUGUACAUCCUUGUCUUUUAUUUGAUUUGGGAUGCUCUAUUGAAUGCUAUUGCUGAAUUGACAAGAUUCGGUGACAGAUACUUCUAUGGAGAUUGGUGGAAUUGUGUUACUUGGGGUGAAUUCAGUAGAAUUUGGAAUGUCCCAGUCCACAAAUUCCUCUUAAGAUACGUCUAUCAUAGUUCCAUUACUGAUUGGAAUUUUUCAAAAGCUCAAGCCACUUGGUUCACUUUCAUCUUGAGUGCUAUUUUCCAUGAAUUAUCAAUGUAUGUCAUAUUUGGAAGAGUUAGAUAUUACCUAUUCUUAUUCCAACUAUCUCAAUUACCUGCUACAGUUAUUAGUGAAAAUGUUUGGCCAUUUAAAAAUAAUCCAGUUCUUUUAAAUUCUUUGUUUUGGUUCGGGGUUUGCACUGGCCCAACAGUUAUUUGCACUUUAUAUUUAGCCUUAUGA